AUGGACUCGUACUCCUCCUCCGGCGUGAUCAUCGACCCUUACGUGGAACGCAAAGCCCAAGAGAAGGCAGCCAAAGAGAGAUCCUUUCUCUCCUUGGAAGGGCUGAAAGGGCGGUGGGCUGGCAUUAAAGGUCAGCUUCAAUCGGGCGUGUCCUUUGGGCACAUCCGGAAACAUGCCAAGAGCUUUGAACUCAAGAGUUUUGGACAGCGUGCUCGGACGUUGUUUGUCGACUUCCAUGAGGCCUAUGAGAAG